UCCCUUUGUGUUUUUCUAGGAACAUUCCUAUAUUUUUAAAAUCUCAUUACAGAGUUGCUUGGAGCAGAGUCAACCCUCUCAGUUUUAUACAGUAAAGAAUGGCAUAUUGUUGGAAAACAGAUCUAAACCCCAGUGAGCCACAUGAAGAGCAGCCUGAGCACCAGGAAUUGCACUCUGUAAAUCAACCCCCUUCUUCUAGCCAACUCAGUCUAGGUUUUGAUCAGCUAGUAGAUGAAAUCAAUAAUAAAAUCCCAUUCUAUCAGAGUGAAAUUGAAGAGAACACCGUUUCUGAGCCCAGUUCACCAAAGCAUUCAUUAGAUGAAGCACUGCAAAUAUCCUUAAAUGAAUUCAAUUCUGAAAGCUCAGAACUCUCCUGUCACCAAGUUAGAAAAACACCAGUAAUUGGUUUUAGGCCUUCUGCGCUACCAAAUCCUCAAAGCAUAAAUAAAGAAAUCUCUGGGAGGAACCCCACAGGAAAACAUCAUGGUGCUGAUGUAUACGGAUUUAAUAUUUCAGCCCCAUCAUCAGCUAGUUUGGAUCAAAUUAAUUCACAAACAGAACUGGAAAAUAAAAAUCGUAACUACCAUAUAGGAUUUGAAAGGAGCAUUCCCUCUAUAUAUCCAUCCUUCUCAACUGACUUUAUGCCAAAAGAAGAGAAUAAAAGGGAUAGAAAUGCAAACACCGUGGAACCUUCUUCAAUGCUCUUUAAAGGUUCUUUACUACCCAGGAUGUGUGAAAGUUCAUGGCCAAAGGACAUAGAGUUGAUAGGUUGUUCCAUUCAGCUAAUUGAAGUUCCUGAAGGCAGUAAUAUGACUCUGGCCUCCUUUUGUAACAAAGUAAAAAAAAUCAGAGAAACAUAUCAUGCAGCUGACAUUAAUUCCAACUCGGGAAAAAUAAACACAAAAAUCUACAUAAAGGGGACAGCUAAUUAUCUUGUCAAAGACCUAAUUGCAGAAAUUCUGCAUUUUUGGACAAAUGACCAGUUAUUCCACAAAGAUUAUCUCCUAAGUAUAUGUGGCUAUGAAGAAUUUUUACAGAAUGAUCACUCUUUGGGGAGCCAUAAGAUAUUUCAGAAAGAUAAAUCCGUUAUUCAACUUAAUCUGCAGAAAAAUAGAGAAGCUCCAGGAAAGUUAUCUCGAAAGCAUGAAGAUGACCACAGUCCAUUUUUUCUGAACCAACUUCUUGAAUUUAUGCACAUUUGGAAAAUAUCCAGGCAGUGCCUCUCAACAAUAAUCAAAAAAUAUGACUCCCACCUGAAAUACCUAUUGAAAACCCAGCAAAAUGUGGAAAGUAUUAUUGAAGAAGUUAAAAAUAUAUGCAGUGUUCUGGGAUGUGUGGAGACCAAGCAAAUUACAGAUGCCGUAAAUAAACUAAAUCUAAUUCUUCAGAGAAAAUCAGAGAGUUUUCAUCAAAAUUCAGAGACUCCAGCAAAAGGCUGGAUAGAAAAAGUGACAACUGAACUGUCCACAUCCAUUUAUCAGCUAAUUGAUGUCUAUUGCAACAGCUUUUAUACAGAUUUCCAGCCUCUAAACACACCUGUUAGUAUUUCCUGUGUGAAUCCUGGGCUCCAGCCCCACCUUAGCUUCACAGUAUAUGCCGCUCACAAUAUUCCAGAGACCUGGGUGCACGGCUAUAAAGCAUUUUCUUUUUCCUGCUGGCUUACUUAUGCUGGAAAGAAGCUGUUCCAAGUGAGAAACUACAAAAAUAUCCCAGUCAAAAAAUUGUUCUUUUUCUUGGUCAACUGGAAUGAAACGAUCACUUUUCCUCUUGAAAUAAAAUCACUUCCAAAGGAAUCCAUGCUCACUAUAAAACUGUUUGGGAUUAACUGUGCCACCAACAAUGCAGAGAUAUUGGCCUGGACUUCUCUUCCAUUGUUUCCAAAAGACAAAAUCAUUCUUGGGUCUGUGCUAUUCAGCAUGACAUUACACAGUGAGCCUCCCAUCGAAAUAAUAGCCCCAGGAGUGUGGGAUAUAAGCCAACCAUCCCCAGUGAUCCUGCAGAUUGACUUUCCAGCUACAGAGUGGGAGUAUGUGAAACUUGAUGUUGAAGACAGUAGAAGUAAUCCUGAAGAACCACCGAAAGAGUGUUUAGAGUGUUUAAAACAUAUUGCCAGACUUUCACAGAAACAGUCUCCCUUACUACUCUCUGAAGAAAAGAGAAGAUACUUAUGGUUUUAUCGCUUCUACUGCAAUAAUGAAAAUUGCUCCCUACCCUUGGUCCUGGGCAGUGCCCCUGGAUGGGAUGAAAGAACUACUUCUGAAAUGCAUUCCAUUUUGAGAAGAUGGAAAUUUUCUCACCCUUUAGAAGCACUUGGACUUUUGACCUCCAGUUUUCCAGAUCAAGAAAUUCGUAAAGUGGCAGUUCAGCAAUUAGACAACCUCCUGAAUGACGAACUACUGGACUAUCUCCCUCAGCUAGUUCAGGCUAUCAAGUUUGAAUGGAACCUUGAAAGUCCGCUAGUGCAACUCCUAUUACACCGCUCAUUGCAAAGCAUCCAGAUUGCCCACCGUCUUUACUGGCUGCUAAAGGAUGCACAGAAUGAAGCUUAUUUUAAAAGCUGGUAUCAGAAGCUGUUGGCAGCUCUCCAAUUCUGUGCAGGAAAAGCCUUGAGUGAUGAGUUUUCCAAGGAGAUGAAACUUAUCGAAAUUCUGGGAGGCAUUGGGGAAAAAGUCAAGUCUGCCAGUGAACUUCAAAGACAGGAUGUACUGAAGAAAGAGAUUGGAAGACUAGAAGAAUUCUUUCAGUCUAUACAUACCUGUCACCUCCCUCUGAACCCUGCUGUCUGUAUAAAGGGGAUUGAUCACAAGGCAUGUUCAUAUUUCACAUCUAAUGCUUUACCAUUGAAGAUUACUUUCAUCAAUGCUAAUCCAAUGGGCAAAAAUAUCAGCAUCAUUUUUAAGGCUGGAGAUGAUCUUCGCCAGGAUAUGCUUGUUCUGCAGAUUGUCCAAAUGAUGGACAAUAUUUGGCUGCAGGAGGGCCUGGAUAUGCAAAUGAUCAUUUAUAGAUGCCUGUCCACAGGAAAAGGCCAAGGAUUGGUGCAGAUGGUGCCCGAUGCUGUGACCCUAGCAAAGAUCCACCGCCACGCUGGACUGAUGGGACCACUGAAGGAAAACACCAUCAAGAAGUGGUUCAGUCAGCACAACCACUUAAAGGCAGAUUAUGAAAAGGCCUUGAGCAACUUUUUCUAUUCCUGUGCUGGCUGGUGUGUGGUAACGUUCCUCCUGGGAGUCUGUGACCGUCACAACGACAAUAUCAUGCUGACGAAGUCAGGCCACAUGUUUCAUAUUGACUUUGGAAAAAUUUUAGGUCAUGCACAAACAUUUGGAGGGAUAAAGAGGGACCGAGCCCCUUUUAUUUUUACUUCAGAGAUGGAAUACUUUAUUACAGAGGGUGGGAAAAACCCACAGCAUUUCCAAGAUUUUGUGGAGCUUUGCUGUCGAGCUUAUAAUAUUGUCAGAAGGCACAGUCAACUACUCAUGAACCUCCUAGAAAUGGCUUCACAUGGCAUUCUGUGUAUACUCAAAGCGUUAGUAAAGGUUUCAGGACCACACUUUCUGGACUGUAACCCAUUAUCUUUUUUUUUUCAUUUCUCUAGGAAAAUAAAGGAAAGUCUGGAGUGUUUCCCUGUUAAGUUGAAUAACUUGAUCCACACGCUGGCACAAAUGACAGCCAUAAGCCCUGCCAAGUGUACUUCACAGAACUUUCCCCGGGAAUCUUGUAUGUUGAGUGCAACCAGGUCAAUUCAAAGAGCGACAAUUUUAAGGUUCAGCAACAUGACUAGUCCUCUGUAUCUAAUCCAGGUGACACACAGUAACAACGAAACCAGCCUGACAGAAAAAUCAUUUGAACAGUUUUCAAAGCUUCACAGCCAACUUCAGAAGCAUUUUGCAUCACUGACUCUCCCAGAGUUUCCUCAUUGGUGGCAUUUACCUUUUACAGAUUCAGAUCAUAAAAGAUUCAGAGAUCUAAAUCACUACAUGGAACUGAUAUUAACAGGAUCAUAUGAGAUUGCGAACAGUGAUUGUGUUCUUGAAUUUUUCCUCUCUGAGCCUGUGCAACAAACACUUGAAGAAUCAUCACUUUUGUUCCUCGGUGAGACGUUUCCUGACAAGGUGCCUAAGGUGCAGUUAGUCAUCACAUAUGAAGAUGUGAAGCUAACUAUACUAGUGAAACACAUGAAAAACAUCCAUCUCCCAGAUGGCUCCGCGCCCAGCGCACAUGUUGAAUUUUAUCUUUUACCAUAUCCCAGUGAAGUCCGUAGGAGGAAAACAAAAUCUGUUCCAAAAUGUACCGACCCCACUUACAAUGAAAUUGUGGUAUAUGAUGAAGUCACAGAGCUCCAAGGACAUGUCUUAAUGCUAAUUGUGAAGAGCAAAGCCACAUUUGUGGGAGCAAUUAACAUCCAACUUUGUAAUGUCCCACUCAAUGAAGAAAAAUGGUACCCACUAGGAAACAGUAUAAUUUGACCAUUGCUGUGACCGUAUGCAUUAUUCAUUAAUUGCUUGUAUUUCUAUCACAUGAGUAGGAUAUUUUUGUUGCCAAAUAUAGUGUAGCGUACUAAGGACACAAGAAAAAGAAAUCAGAAUCAGUCCUUUAUAGUUAGUUAUUCUCUAACUGCAGUUCACUCUUUUCUUAGAAUCCUUCCUCAUUAAAGAGAAAGUCAAUUGCUUGUAUAAAAUUCAAUAUGUAAAAUAAUAAAAAGACAUUUAAUUUAAA